UCAGAAUGAAGUUACCAGCGCUGGUUGCUGCUUUCUUUCUCUUCCUAGCAUGCCAUUCUAUGCUAUCUGCAGGAAUUACAGCAGCACAUCAAGUUACAUUUUAUGUGCACAACAAAUGCCCCUUUCCCAUAUGGCCUGCAACAGCACCAAAUACUGGGCACCCAAUAAUAGCUGAUGGCGGCUUCUACCUCCCCUCAGGCCAGACACACAACAUUUAUACCCCACUGACAUGGAGUGGCCGGAUUUGGGCCAGAACAGGCUGCAAAUUCAAUGCCAAUUGGAAUCCUGCCCGUGAAACAGGCGAUUGUGAUGGAAGAUUGGCCUGCAAUGGAAGUAUUGGCACUCCCCCAGCCACACUAGCGGAAGUUUCCCUGCAGGAAGAUAAAGGCAAGCCAAGCUUUUAUGAUGUAAGCUUGGUGGAUGGGUACAACAUCCCUGUUUCGAUCACGUCAAGGCAAGUAUUGCCAAAAUGUACCAUCAGAGGGUGCUUGAAAGACGUGAACAGUUUAUGCCCACAAGAGCUUGAAAUCUUAAACAAAAAUGGGGAAGUGGUGGCAUGCAAAAGUGCUUGCUUGGCUUUUGGCCUGGACAACUUUUGUUGUCGGAAUCAAUACGGGAGCCCAAAAAAGUGCAAGCCUAGUGUCUAUUCAAAGAUCUUUAAAGAUGCUUGCCCUUCGUAUUACAGUUAUGCCUUUGACACACCUCCACCAUUGGUAAAUUGCGCCUCUAGAGAGUAUGUGAUAACCUUCUGUCCAGUGCGGGGUGAUGAACACACCUCCAUAUAGAGCAUUAUAAAUAUCUCUACGAUUGUCUAAUUUCAGAUUUGAUUUGAACUUAAUUAUUGCUUAUUAUGUAAAGCUUUGUUCGUAACAUAAUAAAUCUAUACUCCAAAGUGGUUU